AUUUAAAAAAAUCUCUCCAAGUUACCCUUGGUAUUGAGAGCACAGUCGAAAGCGUAAUCUAAAGUAUGUGGCUUAAUACCAUCCAGUCAUUUCUCUGACAAGUCAUACAGGUUGUGCGGAGCUGUAACGUGAAGCCAACUUCCCUGUCUGCGCUCGGGUGUCGUGAUUCACGAGCUCUUGUAGCCUUGGUGACCGAGAGCUCCUGUCGUCUCACCUCAGCCAAUUCCCUGUCUUUAAAGAAAAAAAAACAGUCAAAAUAACACCUUGGAGGAUGGCUUUUAUUUAACCACGCGUGUUUUACAGCAGCGGUGGCGGCUUACAUGACUGGAAAAAUGCAUCAUCAUGGGAGCUGCACAGUGUCUUGGCCUAUCAGAAAUAUUUACUAAGAAGAAGCAAGUGCAGUGAUCUUGUUGUAAGGGUGCUAGUAUCACAGAAGGAUACUACAAACCCUUGUAGGAUAAUUCUGAUAUAAUAAUGGGAUUUUAAACAUCCCGUUAAGGUCGUGAGGUAAUUCUUCAUCGAAUCACAGCAACACUAGUGGUUCGUAGAUUUUAUUUAUUUUAGAGUUUUAUCAUCUGGAUGACAGUGUAAGGUGUGUGGCUGAUCAAGCCAGACAAGAAAUAUGGAUAUCCUACCCUAAUUCCCUCACACCCUUAAGAAAAAAGAUUAGGUUAAUUGUGUGACUGCAAGAUCACCAGUAGCCAUGCACAGUCCUGCUCCUGAAAUCAUGGCAGGGUACCCAAGUGGAUGCGUGGUGGAUAAAGAUGCAAAUCCGGAGACAACCCUGGGGAGUGCCUAUUCUCCCGUGGACUACAUGAGCAUCACCAGCUUUCCCAGGCUGCCAGAGGAUGAUGUGAUGUCUGGGGAAAACACCCUCAAGUGUCGCAAAGAUGAGGACAAUGUCCUGAGUGAGCAAGAUACAGACCCUGAUCUUUUUCUGAAGUCAGCUCGCCUCCAACGCCUCCCUUCCUCGGCCUCUGACCUGGCCAGCCAUGAUGUUGCAUCCCUGCAGGAGACCAACAGAGACCCCUUCACAGAAGACUGUGCUUGCCAGCGAGAUGGACUGACAGUCAUCAUCACAGCCUGUCUCACUUUUGCCACAGGAGUCACUGUAGCGCUUAUUAUGCAGAUCUACUUUGGAGACCCACAGAUCUUUAACCAGGGAGCGGUGGUGACAGAUGUGGCUCAGUGUACAUCUCUCGGCUUUAAUGUUCUGGGGAAGCAGGGGUCCAGUGUAGAUGCUGCCAUCACUGCUGCCCUCUGUUUGGGAAUUGUCCACCCGCACACCUCUGGUAUAGGAGGUGGUGGAGUCAUGUUGGUGCAUGACAUCCGUAAGAAUGAGACGAGGGUUAUCGAUUUCAGAGAGACGGCACCAUCUGCCAUCCAUGAGGAGAUGAUGCAGACAAACCUUAAUCAAAAUCCUGGCCUGCUCGUGGGAGUACCAGGAAUGCUCAGUGGGAUGUAUCAGGCGCACCAGCUCUAUGGCAGGAUGUCAUGGAAAGAUGUGGUUACCAUGGCAGCAGAUGUGGCCAGAAAUGGAUUUAAUGUUACCCACGACUUAGCUGAAGCUCUGGCUAAAGUUAAGGACCAAAACAUCUCAGAUGCAUUUCGGGAAUUGUUCCUCCCCAAUGGCCAGGCUCCUCUCCCUGGAUUGUUCACCAGGCGUCUUGAUUUGGCAGCCAUAUUGGAUGCUAUUGCAGUUAAGGGGAUAUCGGAGUUCUACAGUGGAAACCUGACGCAGGAGAUGGUGGCUGCAGUGCAAGCAAAAGGCGGAGUGCUCACAGAUGAUGACUUUGGAAACUAUAGCACAGUCUUACAGCGGCCAGCAGAGGUCAACUAUCAGGGACAUCAUGUGAUGGCAGCCCCAGCCCCACAUGCAGGCGUUGCCCUGAUCGCUGCUCUCAACAUCCUGGAAGGCUACAACAUCACCAGCCAGGUUCCCAGGAACAGCACCUACCACUGGAUUGCAGAGUCUGUGAAGAUAGCUUUGGGCCUGGCUAGUGAGCUGGGAGACCCUAUGUACGACUCUUCUGUCUCAGAGAUUGUUGCCAAGAUGCAGAGCAAAUCACAGGCCUCCCUACUUCGCCAGAUGAUCAAUGACUCUCAGGCGUUCUCUGUCAGCCAUUACACUCCAUCAUUUACCUUGGAGAAAGGUGCAGCAGCUGCACAGGUCAUGGUCAUGGGCCCAGAUGACCACAUUGUGUCAGUCAUGAGCUCUCUGAACAAACCAUUUGGCAGCGGGAUAGUGACUCCUUCAGGAAUCCUUCUGAACAGCCAGAUCCUGGACUUCUCCUGGGCUAAUAAAACACAGAGUUCAUCACCUAACCCACACAACAGCCUCCAGCCUGGGAAGAGGCCCAUGUCCUUUCUGAUGCCCACAGCAGUGAGGCCAGCCGUGGGGUUGUGUGGCACAUAUGUGGCUGUUGGAUCUUCCAAUGGAGAGAAGGCUCUCAGUGGCAUUACACAGGUGCUGAUGAAUGUUUUGUCUUCACGUAAAAACAUGAGUGACAGUUUAGCGUAUGGAAGACUCCACCCACAGCUGCAGCCCAACACCCUCCUGGUGGACUCUGAGUUUCUGGAGGAAGACGUGGAGCUGCUGCAGGCCAAAGGUCACAAAGUUGAGAGAAUAGAUGUUCUCUCAUUGGUGGAGGGCACCCGGAGAACCAAUGACCUCAUCAUUGGUGUGAAGGACCCUCGUAGUGCUGAUGCCUCUGCCCUCACUAUGUCCAACAUGCCCUAGUGUGCCCCAUAUUCUCACACAUAAAGAAGGGGUAAGAGUAAUACUAUGACUGUUAAUGAGGGAGUAAGGAGGCUGCUCAGAAGUAAACAGCAAAAUACUGUUGUUUAACAGAAACAAAACAUUCAACAAAAAGACAUACAUCUUUCUCUUAGAUCACUUUGUAGGAUACUAAUAGGGAUCCACCAAUACAUUUGUGUACUGACACAGGAAACCAUCAAACAGCACCAUUUCACAUACUGGUGUUGGUCUUCCUUCUUUCACAGCCUCAAGUAAUGUUCUGUCCCCAUGUAAUAUCCAUCCCCUUAACAGCAUCAGUCAAAGUCUGCAGUAUAUAUUAUAUACAGCAGGGUGUAGAAAUGCAAGGCAUGUUGAUAAUAUCUGAUGCUUUCCGGUUCAAUUUAAAGAAAGCAAUAAACUUAAGAGGUGUAGGGUGGAUAUACUUAGUGGAUGUAAGAAAAAGAAAAUAGGAAAAUGUAAUGGAUUCUGAAGCCAUUCUUAAAAAAUGAUGUUGCACUCUGAAUUUAUGAUUAGGAAUUCUGAAGUAAAUUUUUGGCAAACAAAUGGAUUCUCUGUAAGAAUAAUAUUCAUAUAUUAAUAUAAUAAUAUUAAUCAACCCUCUGCUUUCUCAUACCUUAACUAGACGAUCCUAAACUGAACACUGACGCUGAACCAUUUACUGUCCUGCUCCUUAUAUGGUGUGUCACUGUGACUGGAUGUUGUUUGGUACAAUCACUGGAAUUUUAACUGUUGCCAACAGUCAGUGGCUCCAUGGGACCAUGUUAAGUCUAACACAUUAUUUACAUAAUACGUCCACUACUCAGUUGAUUUCCUUCAACAAAAGGAUUUGCUUCUGUUUAACAGUUGUUAAAUAUCACUAAACCUACAAUCAGUGUAUUUAUAUAUAUAAUUUAAGAAACUUGAUUUGUUGCAUGAGUUUGUUCUCAUUUAAAGCUUGUGGCAUAGAGCUUUUUUAGCUUGGGGAUACUUGUUUUUAGAAUGGGAAUAAUCUGGUUCUUUAGAGAUGGAUUGAAUGUAAUUUGUCUAUUUUUAUAUGAACAUUAAUUUGGCUGUAUACAUUAUUUCUCCUGGUGUAACACAAUGCAUUUGACCAGCAGAUUUUAGAUAAGGCUGUCACGUUUAUUUUUUAUUUUGUGUAAUAGUGUAUUUAUUUAAGGUAUUUGAAUUAAGAACCAACUGCUUUUGUAAAGCAUUGCAUUCUAAAAAUGGCUGGAAUGAAGUCCAGAAUGGCCAAUGCUGACUGAUCAAACAUUUCCUCAAUGUUAUUGUCUCUCUUGUUGGGUACCAGUGCAAUAUGACUAUUGUUGCUUGUUUCCUGAUCUGUAGAGUACCGUGCCUUAAGGCACACAUUUGCACAACACCUGAUGUUUAAUUCCAUGUGCAUUUGUAUUUGAUUUUAAUAAAAGUCAGCACUGUUCAAAUCCAAGAAAUAAAAUGUUUGCACACAUCCUAA